GCUGCUAUAAAAGCCGACGCCGCGCGGCGCCGUAGUGGCCUUGUCGUCCGUCUUUUCCUCCCGUGCGCGGACGCCUCGCCGUUCCCGUCGGCCUCCGGCCCGCGGUGCUGACCCCCGACACCAUGCCUUCAAUUAAGUUGCAAAGUUCUGAUGGAGAGAUAUUUGAAGUUGAUGUAGAAAUUGCCAAGCAGUCUGUGACCAUCAAAACCAUGUUGGAAGAUUUGGGAAUGGAUGAUGAAGGAGAUGAUGACCCAGUUCCCCUACCAAAUGUUAAUGCAGCAAUACUAAAAAAGGUCAUUCAGUGGUGCACCCACCAUAAGGAUGACCCUCCUCCUCCUGAGGAUGACGAGAACAAAGAGAAGCGGACUGAUGAUAUCCCUGUGUGGGACCAAGAAUUCCUGAAAGUCGACCAAGGAACACUUUUUGAACUUAUUCUGGCUGCAAACUACUUAGACAUCAAGGGUUUGCUGGACGUUACAUGCAAGACUGUUGCCAAUAUGAUUAAGGGGAAGACUCCUGAGGAGAUCCGCAAGACCUUCAAUAUCAAAAAUGACUUUACUGAAGAGGAAGAGGCCCAGGUGCGCAAAGAGAACCAGUGGUGCGAAGAGAAAUAAAAGGUUGUGCCUGACACUGUAACACUAUAAGGAUUGUUCCAAAUACUAGUUGCACUGCUCUGUUUAUAAUGUUAAUAUUAGACAAACAGUAGGGAAAUGCAGCAGCAAAUCAAUUGUAUUAGCAUAAUAGUGUCCUCCUUGCAUGUGAAGUCUGAGUACAGAUUCCAAGUUAAAGGCGGAGUUCUUCAAGUGUGAGCGAAAGUUGUCUUUCUUUACUCUCAAUAAAACUGAGCUAUGGGUUCUCUGGA